CAUCUGUUGGCCAGCUGAAUUGGCCAAGGAUUUCACGAAUCUCUUCAUUCAUUCAUUCGGAAUUGAAGCUUUAGCCCCGAUUUUGUUUAUCCAUGUAACCGUUAGGCUUGGGUCUGAGGGUGAAUGAAUAUCCAUCGUAUCGAGAUUAUCAAAGGCAACCUUUCUAAGUCUUAUUAAUGACUUGGAAAUCUUGAAUUCAAAAGUUCACCGUGAAAUCAAACCUAAGAUUGGACGUUGUCGGGAUCAUCUUGUUCUGCAAGAGUGCCAGUUGGGAAGUAAGAUGUAUACGCAGAGCUUCCGGUCUGGUUUUAUCAAGACAUGAAUUAUUUUCUGAAGCAUACAUUCUAUGUGGACCCAGCUAGACAGCCAGAGAGCUAAAAGGCAUGGCUUUACCUCUUCCACCAAGUCAGUUUGAUAUACAUUUACAAGUAAAGAAAGAACCAGAGGAAAUAGAAACAUGUGGUGACCAUCGUUGGAAAGGAAAAGAUGAUGCCAAACGGACAGAUGUUGUCGGCAAUGUCCAUUCUCUGAGGAGUGGAACAGGUCACCAGGAUGAGCCUGAAAGUGGCAUGCGAGUUGAGGAGAAUGAUGUCCAAAGGACCUCAAGGGCACAUAUAGAUGAAAAUAAAGAUGUUGCCAAUCGCUUCGGACAUCCAAAGGUAGUCGUGACUCAGGAACACGGCCUUGUAUCACCACUAAUACUACCUUUGGAAGUGGGAAGCAGUGAAGAAUUGGCGGAAGCAAAUGAGCUGCAGGACCAUGCUUCUGAUUGUGCUGAUCUGCACAACAAGUCAACUCUGCCCCGCUUCGUAUACGGAAUCUGCAACACAUCCAGCUUCAAGAGAAGGAAGAAGGAAGCAGCGAAAAGUCACAUCGGACAAGGGUGUUCCUCACUGACAUCAAGUUGUACCAAAGUCGUACUGCCACAUGGAAAAUCGUCAUCCUCAUUACUGUUGUGCAAUGUGAAUGGACAUCAGUCUGCCUCACAUUUAGCUAACCCCAAAGGAAUUAAAGAUCAAUGCCCUCUCAGGACUCAGGACAGGAACAAUCCUACACAACCCACUCAAUACCCAAUGACAAGUGUCAUUGCUUACAGUGGCAGCACCUUUUCCGAUGCUACUGGCAAUGGCAAUCCGGACUUGAGAGGCCCUUUCAAGUUGUCUUUUCAAGAUGAAGCUUUGGAUUUGACCACUGCCCAAGGCAAGCGAGAUGGUCAAGCUGACUUCGGUGAUCAAGAUAGUCAGCAUAUAUCCUACACUGCAAAGAUUAGUGAAGAGGCAAAGAGCAGCAUUGCAGGAGAUGGAGGACAGUGUCCGGAGGGCUCACGGGAACGGUUCUUGAGCAUCACAGGGAUGAUCCAGAGGCAGGAGCUACCCAUGAUGAAAUGCUAUGAGGUGAAAGAUACCUUACAGGAGACAGAAGGAAAGGAGCCUUGGAGUGAAAGAUCAGAUCAUCAAGACUGCAUGGAUUCCCAUCCAAUGAUUGGGUACUAUGGGAUGAUACAGGGAGGAUCUCAGUUGGGGAUGCCAUCAGAUGAUGCUGCUCCAGACACCGUAGGAGGCUCAGAAAGGACGGUUAGAGAUAAUCCGGUAGGAAUCUUUGAAGACUGUUCAAGAGAUGGCUUGUUGGAUCAUGACAAAAAUGAAAUUAAGCACUCUCUGAUGGGGUAUUAUCGGGUAAUAGAAGAAUCAGAUCAUUCUGAGGACAAUGGAGACAUUGUCUGUCAAGAGGAGAGAAGAAUUACUCAAAGUGAUUGUACAGAGGCAAAUGCUGGGGAUGACCCAAUCAAACGAUUUAAGUGCAAGGUGUGCGGACGAGCAUUCCGACAUUCCCAGGGACUAACUGCCCACAAGAAAAUCCACAGCGACGAGCGUCCGUUCCCGUGCCAGUACUGCGAUCUGAAAUUCCGUGUCAAGCAAAAUCUGAUCACCCACGUCCGGACUCACACGGGGGAGAAACCGUACUCGUGCGAGAUCUGCGGCCGCGGGUUCGGCCAGCAAUCCACCAUGGUGCGUCACCUUCGCAGCCAUACCGGGGAGAAGCCGUUCUCCUGCAAGUACUGCCAGCGGAAGUUCACCCAGCGCCACGUCAUGAUGAAUCAUGUCCGCAUACACACGGGAGAGAAGCCUUAUUCUUGCGAAGUGUGCAGUAAAGACUUCAAAGAGCAGCACAAUCUGGUUAGACAUGUAAGAACGCACACAGGGGAGAAGCCGUAUACCUGUGGCGAUUGCGGGAACAAGUUCACCCAGAAAAAUCAUCUCAUGAGGCAUGCCAAAGUACAUAUUCCCAAAAAGCAUACCAUAUGAUGGUCUGUAUUCCAUUUUGUCUGAUGGUGCUAUAUUUUUCAAACAAGAUGUUUCUAAUAAUUUAUGGAGUCUGACUGUGCACAGCUACAUGGAUUUUUUUUUUUACCAUGUUUUCAAAUGAGAUUAGCUCCACAUUCACUAAAAUCUAUUGAUUUCAAGAAAUAAACAUGACAUAAUUUUUUAUGUCACUUCUUAAUUUUGUGUUUAUGCUUCUACCCACCAUGGGUUUAGUCUACAGGCACAGACCUUUGGUUUCCGCAAUUUUCAAUGUGCAUAAUGCAGAGUCUGAAUUAGUAAGACUAGAUUCACUAUGUACUGUGGCUGCCUCUACCAAAGACGCAGACAGAGAUUUUUUAGUCUAAUCUUAACCCUAAUAAGACAGGGGGGGCCUUGACAUUUUUGCGAUAAAUUAUUUUUGACUGCGUUGCUCGCUGACUUUUUACUUUCAAGUUUUGCGCAACUUUUGAGACCAAAAUUGCGACACGCGGUUCCAAAAUUGCAUAACAUUUCGUAAGAAUAUUAUGCAGACCCAUAAUUUUUCAAAAACCUGAAUUCAUGUGCAAAUCCAAUGCAAGUAGUGUGUUUGCCAAAAUUUAUACUAUAUCAUGAAUAUCAUAAUAUAAAAUGAAGUCCCCGACAAUUUCCAUUGAAAAAACAAUAAAAACACAAAG